AUGGAGGCAACGCGAAUGGCACAGAACCACAGCGCCAUCAUGAUAUUCGGUCGCUGGAGGACAAAGAUGGCGGCUGCAGCACCGUCAUCCCCUGCUCCAACUGCUGGAUCUGUGGUGGCGGGCCAUGACGGUGGGCCCGAGUGGGAAGUGCGAACGAAAGCUUCGUUCCAAAGCAGGCGAGAGGGGAGCGUCUGGUACAGGAGGUGGGCUCCUCAGUCCAAGGCCGUCGCUAUGCUGUUCAUCGCCCACGGGCUGCACAGUCACAGCGGACGUUGGUCGAAGCUGGCGCACCACUACACCGAGAAAGGCUACGUCGUCUUCGCAAAUGAUCACAUCGGCCAUGGAUUGACUGUGGAGGCCGUCGAAGGUGGCGGUACCAACUCCGGCAUGGUUCAAGACCACUCGCGGAUGACCGACGACUUCACGGAGUUCGUAGCGAAAAUGGUUGACCAGGAAGAGGACAAAACCUUGCCCGUGAUGAUACUUGGGCACUCCAUGGGGGCGCUCGUGGCUACGGUUUCGGCGACAACGUUAACGGAGCACGCUGCCGUUGGUCCCCGGGUCAAGAAGCUGGCGCUCUCUGGUUGUCCUAUCGUCCCUGGACCUGGGUCCGCAAGCCCAUUCGGCCUUCGUUGCCUCUACCCGAUCAACCGAGCAUCUGGGCUGGUCCGAAGGUUGUCCGGAAUGUUGGCCAGGAUGGACCCCGGGGGGCCCGCGGCGCCGCUCGACCAGGGAGCGUUGUCAAGCGACCCUGAGGUUAAGCCAGAGGCUGCCGUGGACCCGCUCAUGGUGAAGGGAAGCGUUCGAAACAAGACGGCCUUCGAGGUCCUCAAGCUCGUGCAAGUUGCCAAGCAGAGCGCCUGCAAGGUUUCGGUGCCUGUCCUCCUGAUUCAUGGGGGCGACGACGACAUGGCGUACCCUUCGGGGGCCGAGGAGAUGAAGUCUUUGCUGACGGGCAGCAGCUCUGUAAACCUCGAGGUGUAUGACGGCGUCUUGCACGAGGUGCUCAAGCACAAGAGCGAGUUCAAGACGGUGGUCGCCGCCCUCGACCGACACUGGGGGGAUGUGGCUGCGAUGACGGUGUAAAUGAAUCGACUUGAAUGGUCAAACGUCCACUCCAUUGGCAGCCUGUUUUGCCUAUCAUUGACUUUAUAACGGUAAUUGUUGUUGUUGUUGUUGUUGGUGGUGGUGGUAGUGGAUGGACUAUUUCGAGGCCUGAUUUGCUUGCUGGAUGUACAAGAGGGCAGUUGAUUUGCCCGUGUGUAGGGGCUCAGAUCAGAAGGAGCGCCUUGCGCUAGCCCUCGUCAUGGUGAGACGGAGCCACGCCGUGCCUCGAUCCAGUGCUCUUGGCGCGGCUGCCGUAUUUUCGCCAAAGCAUUUAGCUUCAUUGCUGUCUUCUCUAUUGCAAACUCUUCCCUUUGAGAGGCUUGGGAUCAUGGGAAGUUUGGCAGAACGGAGGGACGGAGGGACGAACGGACGGGGGGGGUCAAGGCGAGGGGCGAGGAAUAAGAAGUAAGACCAGAAGCAGAGUGCGGGCCUCCGCUCUCACGUACGUCGAACUACGCGUAUUUUAUUGUGUGUUUUAUGUUACCACUCUUCUUUUGUAAGCUAUUACGGAGUACCACAGAUUGUACCAUGUUGUUUUGCCUCUUUUGACCAGAAAUAGUUUUGGUAUCGGUUUGUUUAUUCGGUAGGAGCAAGUUGUGUUGAUGUGACGCUUUUAUUUUGUUUUGUGAAGGUUCGCCGAACGUUCCAUCACUCAGAGGAAUAAACUUGGGUCUCUUUGGUCAGCAAAGCGUUCCGUU